AUGAGACUUAAGGCAUCCCUGCCACGAGGCGAAAUCACCAACAUCUUCUACGGGAUCAAAUGUAACUCCUCUACGGCUGACUUUCUUGGAGAGACAGGCAAACGGUUGCAGACCCGAGUGGCCGAACACAUGAGGGCAGGGAGAACGAUGAAUCAACUGUCCUUGGUGGCAGAACAUUGUGUAGACUCAGAACACGCGUUUGCCUUUCAAAAUGCAGAAAUUCUCGUCCGAGGAAAUGAACGCAUAGUCAGAGAAACAAUGGAAUCCUGGCAGAUGGGGAUAACCUCCAUCAACCGUUGUGUGGCGCUCCCCACAGCUUACCAAGCCCUCCGAGCACAGCUCAACGAACGAGGUCGCAAACGUUAA